AUGGGGCAGAAUAUUUCAGCAACGUUGAAUCCUAACAAUGACCCGGUAAUCUGGCUAACGGGACGAUCACCUUGUGUUGAAUCAUCUCCUAGGUUUCCAUUUGAUGAUAAGCCAGACGAGAUAAGCGACCAGGGUCUCUGGGAUCGCUUUGGAAAGGGCGUUGACCAGCACCUACCAAAGCUCAACCCGUACCUGAAACCCAUACUAAUUCUCGAUGUCUUCGCUGUCAUUUGCAUUUUCAUCCUGUUUGCGACAACGUCAUCAAAUUGGGUCGGGGUUGCAUUGAUCCCAGUGUUCAUUCUUUUCUUUGUUGGAAUGUCCAUAAACAUUGAAAAAAACAAAGCUGUCGACAAGUCGAUUGAAGAUCUUUGCGGUCAAUACAACGUGGAAUUUGUCAAGAUUGGGUUUUCGCCGGUCUAUCGCACAAUGCAUACAGGCUUAUGCAAACCCAAAGGGGCAAGACCAACCAGAAUGAUUGUCUUUCGACCGGCCUCCCGUGUUUAG